AUGCCGCGGGCCUUCCUGGUGAAGAAGGCCAGUGUUUCCCCGGGGAAGCGGAACUGGAGCGGGCUGCCGGACCAUGGGCGAGGGGACGUCUACAUCCCAGUGUCCUUCUUCCCUUCGCCCGUGCUGAUGGAGGCGGAGGCGAGCCCGGCUGAGUCCACGCCGCUCUGCCUCACCAAGCACUCAGUGUGCGACACGCAGGCGUACGGCGAGCUGACGUACGCCGAGCUGCCGUCCAGCACGGUGCUGGGCCGGCCCCGGAGCCCCUCCUACUUCCUGGGGGAGAGGUCAGAGAUCAGGAGGAGGGCGCCGGCCGGCUCCACGUACGUCCGCUCCAAAAUCAAGGUGACCACGGGCGAGCUACCCCCCAGCCCCACCCCUUUACCUCUCUCUCUUCCUCCCAUUCCCACCACGCCCUCACCGACCCCACCUGCCACCGUGAUGCCCGUCGCCCUGACGACCAUCCCUUCCACCCUGCAGGUGGUCUCCAUGGUAACCAGAUCCACAGGUCAAAGUUCGUCCACGGGGAAAUCGGGGGUGUUUGUGUGCCAGGUUUGUAAGAAGACCUUCCAGCACCAGCGCAUGUUAAACCGACACGUGAAGUGUCACAACGACACCAAGAGACACAUCUGCACGUUCUGCGGCAAAGGCUUCAACGACACCUUCGACCUCAAGAGACACGUCCGCACACACACAGGUGUUCGUCCGUACAAGUGCGACCUGUGCGACAAGGCCUUCACCCAGCGCUGCUCCCUGGAGUCGCACAUGACCAAGAUCCACAGCGUCACCCUGGACUACGCCUUCAAGGAGCGGCGCAACAAGCUGUACGUGUGCGAGGAGUGCGGCCACACGGCGGCGACGCAGGACGAGCUGGGCGUGCACCUCCGCUCGCUGCACCCGGACAGCGCCCUGCUGAAGGGGAAGGCUGCCAGGAGGGCGGGGGGGGAGAGGGCGGGGAAAGAGGAAGGGUCGGUCGGGGGGUCGGCGCCGGGUUCCCCCCGAGGAGCCGACAGCGACGACACCACGGGAUCGGCCGAGCCGUAG